CGACAAAAAUUCCCAUUGCAAAGCUUUAUGUCAUUGUAAUAUUUCCCCUACGUUUCAUAUGCCUGCUCUUUGUUUUCUAUUGGGAAGGUCAUCGGCCAUGAAGGAUGAUAAAUUUAGGCCGAGGAUGAAGAAGAUGAAACGCAGGUAUGGUGCCGCUACACCUGCAUUGUUUCGCAUAACAGGCUCCGUGGUCACUAUGGUGUUGCUAUUAUUGACCAUUUGCUGCGGAUUCCGAUUGACGAUGGAACCUUGGCGGUACCUUGCCAUCGGAGCUCAGGCAUUCCAUCUUGGUGUCACAACGAUAAUAUUCGGUUUCCUGUUUCUGAUCUUCGGGAUUUCCAUCCUGGCGGACAUGCUUCUGAAUAUAUCAGAACAGUUGCCGGAGAUAUCCGGUAUGCAUCAAGGGAAGCAGGAAACAAGGACGAUAUCCAAAGCUAUAGGCCAGGUCCUGGUAACUGUAAUAACAAUGUUCGUGAUCUUGUGGGCGACAUACACCGGAUUUAGGCUUGCAACCGAAUCGGGGGAGAGCAAGCAAUAUCUGUUAACGGUUUCAAUUGGAGUCACCACCAUUUUAUUCGGCUUAAUUUAUUUCAUCAUUGGACUUUCCAUUGUUCAGGAGCUUGUACUAGAAUUUUUGACCCGUUCACAAUAGAAAAAAAAGAGACAAACAAUGAAACAGCACUGGUUUUCAUCAUGGUUGUAAAUUGUAA